AUGGCAUCGUCGUUGAUGGUAGUACAUUUCAAACACAACGUGUUCACAGUGGAGCAGUCAAAUCAAUGCCAGUGCCAAUGUCCACACCAACGCUAAAUUCAAAGCAUCAAUGCAAUGUUUGCUUGAAGUGUUUUAAGUCGAAUGCUCACUUGACAAGUCACAUGAGAUCACACACCGGAGAAAGACCAUAUGCAUGUGAAGUAUGCCCGAAGCGAUUUAACUACAAGAGUAAUUUGUAUGAUCACAUGAAAACACACACCGGAGAAAAACCAUAUAGCUGUGACAUAUGCACGCAGAAAUUUGCUACGAGUUCUAAUUUGAAGAAACACAAGAGAACACACACCGGAGAAAGACCAUAUGCAUGUGACAUAUGCCCGCUGAAAUUUAUUUCGAGUUCUAAUUUGAAAAUUCACAAGAGAACACACACCGGAGAAAAACCAUAUAGCUGUGACAUAUGCCCGAUGAAAUUUGCUACACGUUAUCGUUUGAUAACUCACAUGAGAACACACACCGGAGAAAAACCAUAUAGCUGUGACAUAUGCCCGCUGAAAUUUGCUACGAGUUCUAAUUUGAAGAAACACAAGAGAUCACACACCGGAGAAAAACCAUAUGCAUGUGAAGUAUGCCCGCUGAAAUUUGCUACGAAUUCUAAUUUGUAUGAGCACAUGAGAACACACACCAGAGAAAAACCAUAUAGCUGUGACAUAUGCCCGCUGAAAUUUUCUGCGCAUUAUCGUUUGAUAAUUCACAUGAGAACACACACCGGAGAAAGACCAUAUGCAUGUGACAUAUGCCCGCUGAAAUUUGCCACGAGUUCUACUUUGAUAAUUCACAAGAGAACACACACCGGAGAAAAACCAUAUAGCUGUGACAUAUGCCCGAUGAAAUUUGCUACGAAUUCUCAUUUGAAGAAACACGAGAGAACACACAUUGAUGAUAACCAGUCUGAACAAAACGAAAAUUUGCAACCGUCGUCGUCAUCACGCAUUAAUUUCGCAUGCGAUAUUAAACACAUCUCAGGUUACAUAGAUUGCGAUGAUAUCGAUCAAUCUUUGUUGGAAAAAAUUGAUCUCGAAAAAGAUAGCGGAGCAUUAAGAGCAUUGAGCUGGAGUUUCAAGCAAGUUUAUUCACAUGGUAUCAAAGCGUUGAACAAAUACAACGUAAGUCCAUGUAAACGACCAGAAAGUAUCUUGGAGUAUGGAAUACCAAAAACGUAUGUACUCUCAGUGAACAAAAGUCUCGAUGAGCUGAAACACGUCGGGGGAACAAAGACGGACAUGCCACAACGAUUGAUUGAUCGACUUUCAGAGUGGCGACAGAGAGCCGAAGAUUGUUCAUAUACCGAACAUCAAAUGUACGAACUACUCAAAGCAAAUCAACCGAAAAAUUUGACUGCUAAGGUGAUGCCUUUUGAGUGUGCCGCCCGUCUUGGGAAAGAGAAAAAGAAGGCCAUUGUUGAAACUUUGGAACACUGUGUAUUUGAAUUCUCCUUCGCCUACAUCCCGGAACUACUCCAAAAUUAUCAAAAGCAAAACAAAAUCGCCUUUACUGAAAUCCCAAAUAUAAUCGACCGCCUUUGUGCAGGCUUCGUUAUUCUUGCACAAUUCCACGCACGCAAUGAAAACAGCAAUACCACCCACGUGACAACACGGCAACACUGGAUUCACAAUCAUCCUUCCAACUGAAUUUUUCACAUCGUCUGAGUAUUCUUUCCUGAUGGGUGAAACUCAAUCGGUUGUGAUGAAGCUUAUUUACACAUUAUA